UAUCCGGGGGCGGAGCCGACGCGGCCGGUAGGGCUGACGGGCGCGGGCCGCGCGUGGCGGCGGCGAUGGGCGAGGGCGGGCUGCCCCCGGCCUUCCAGCUGCUGCUGCGCGCGUGUGACCAGGGCGACACGGAGACCGCGCGGCGGCUGCUGGAGCCGGGGGCGGCGGAGCCAGCCGAGCGCGGCGCGGAGCCGGAAGCGGGCGCGGAGCCGGUGGGGGCCGAGGCGGCCGGGCCCGGGGCCGCCGCAGCGGCGGCAGUCGGGGCUCUGGUGCCCGUGGACUGCUCGGACGAGGCGGGCAACACCGCACUGCAGUUCGCCGCGGCCGGGGGCCACGAACCGCUGGUGCGCUUCCUGCUGCGCCGCGGUGCCUCGGUCAACAGCCGCAACCACUACGGCUGGAGCGCGCUCAUGCAGGCGGCCAGAUUUGGGCAUGUGAGUGUGGCACACCUCCUGUUGGAUCACGGGGCUGAUGUCAAUGCCCAGAACCGGCUAGGGGCCAGUGUGCUCACUGUGGCUUCUCGGGGCGGCCACCUGGGUGUGGUGAAGCUGCUCCUGGAAGCCGGUGCCUUUGUGGACCAUCACCACCCUUCGGGCGAGCAACUGGGGUUGGGCGGCAACAGGGAUGAGCCCCUGGACAUCACGGCCCUGAUGGCCGCCAUCCAGCACGGGCACGAGGCCGUGGUGCGUCUACUGAUGGAGUGGGGUGCGGACCCCAACCGCGCAGCCCGGACUGUGGGCUGGAGCCCACUGAUGCUGGCCGCACUCACUGGGCGGCUUGGAGUGGCCCAGCAACUGGUGGAGAAGGGCGCCAACCCUGACCACCUCAGCGUGCUGGAGAAGACCGCCUUCGAGGUUGCACUGGACUGCAAGCACAGGGACCUUGUAGACUACCUGGACCCGAUGACCACCGUCAGGCCCAAAACAGAUGAAGAGAAAAGGCGACCUGAUAUUUUCCAUGCAUUGAAAAUGGGAAACUUCCAGCUGGUCAAAGAGAUUGCUGAUGAAGACCCCAGCCACGUGAACUUGGUCAAUGGGGAUGGGGCGACGCCCCUGAUGCUAGCAGCUGUUACGGGGCAGCUGGCUCUGGUGCAGCUACUGGUGGAGAGGCACGCGGAUGUUGACAAGCAGGACAGCGUGCAUGGCUGGACAGCCCUCAUGCAGGCGACCUACCAUGGGAAUAAGGAAAUUGUCAAAUAUCUACUAAACCAAGGGGCUGAUGUCACUCUUCGUGCAAAAAAUGGAUACACAGCCUUUGACCUGGUGAUGCUGCUGAAUGAUCCCGACACGGAACUUGUUCGACUGCUGGCAUCUGUGUGCAUGCAGGUGAAUAAAGACAAAGGCCGUCCAAGCCACCAGCUGCCCCUGCCCCACUCGAAGGUCCGACAGCCCUGGAGCAUCCCAGUGCUGCCCGAUGACAAGGGUGGGCUGAAGUCCUGGUGGAACCGAAUGUCCAAUCGGUUCCGAAAGCUCAAACUGAUGCAGACGUUGCCCCGCGGGCUGUCCAGCAACCAGCCUUUGCCUUUCUCUGACGAGGCUGAGCCAGCUCUGGAUUCCACAAUGAGGGCUGCCCCCCAGGACAGGACAAGCCGCUCUGCACUGCCUGAUGCAGCCCCUGUGACCAAAGACAAUGGUCCUGGGAGCACAAGAGGAGAAAAGGAAGACACAUUAUUGACAACCAUGCUUCGAAACGGAGCUCCCCUCACCAGACUGCCGAGUGACAAGCUGAAAGCAGUCAUACCCCCAUUCCUACCUCCUUCCAGUUUUGAGCUGUGGAGCUCUGAUCGGUCCCGGACGCGUCACAACGGGAAGGUAGACCCCAUGAAGACCGUGCUGCCCCAGAGAGCCAGCAGGGGCCACCCUGUGGGUGGCGGGGGCACAGACACCACACCCGUCAGGCCUGUUAAAUUUCCAAGCCUCUCCAGAAGCCCAGCCUCUCCUGCCAAUUCUGGAAACUUCAACCACUCGCCUCAUUCAUCGGGCGGCUCCAGUGGGGUAGGAGGUGUGAGCCGGCAUGGUGGGGAGCUGCUUAACCGCUCAGGUGGCAGCAUAGACAAUGUCUUGUCCCAAAUCGCUGCCCAGAGGAAAAAAGCAGCCGGAUUAUCGGAGCAGAAACCCAGCCAUCGGUCAAGCCCUGUGGGGCCAGCACCGGGGUCCAGCCCAUCUGAGCUUCCAGCCUCCCCUGCAGGUGGCAGCGUUCCCGUUGGCAAGCAGAAAUUGGAGACCAGCAAAAGGCCUCCAUCUGGAACUUCCACUACCUCCAAGAGUACCUCUCCAACCCUCACGCCGUCCCCCUCACCCAAAGGGCACACUGCAGAAUCCUCAGUGUCUUCCUCCUCAUCCCAUCGGCAGUCCAAGAGCAGUGGGGGCUCCAGCAGUGGCACCAUCACAGAUGAAGAUGAACUGACCGGAAUCCUUAAGAAAUUAUCACUUGAGAAAUAUCAGCCCAUUUUUGAGGAACAAGAGGUGGACAUGGAAGCGUUCCUCACACUGACUGACGGUGACUUGAAGGAGCUGGGAAUUAAGACAGAUGGGUCCAGGCAGCAGAUUCUGGCAGCGAUUUCUGAACUGAAUGCAGGCAAGGGACGCGAGAGACAAAUUUUACAGGAAACCAUUCACAACUUUCACUCUUCCUUUGAGAGCAGCGCCAGCAACACCAGGGCCCCUGGCAACAGCCCCUGUGCGUGAUCUUCCUUCCCGCAGCCACCAGCGCCUCUCAUAACCUUCAGCAUGCCCACACGUGUCAGGCCUCUUCACAGGACCAAGAAGCUCGUAGCGUCUCCCACAUUACUCUCAUCACUUCUCCAAGGUGCUUUUGCAAGACUGGAAUUCCUUGGACACCAUUGGGGAAGCCCCGCUUUGACUGGAACAGCAGCAGGCAAGAGGCCUCGCAGCCCUGGAAGUGGGUCAGGGCCGUUGGUGGUCACCUUUUUGUCCCCAGCAGCUCUCUGCAGAGGUGGUCUGCUUGGCAGUGGGACGUCGGGACGGGGCCUGCUUUGAGAUGGCAGGGUCCCUGUUCCUAAAGCUCUCCAGCCUUGAGGGCAUUGAGCUCAGACUCCACCCUGAGCUCUCCUGUAGGGUGGAGGGCAUUGUUUCCCAGCACCCAGGCAGUGUCUUGCUGGCAUAUCCUGGGUACUGGAUGUCCAAGUUCCCACUGGCCACAGAGGGCUCCUGCCUCUAGUUCAGCGCCGCAAAAUUGUAUGGAGGCCAGCUGGUUUUGUGAGGAGAGUGUUUACUUUUUAAUUCUUUUGGUUACCAAACAUUUACUGAGCAUCUACCCUGUGCCAGCCCCACUCGUAUGCUUUGC